AUGUCUGACAACAUGUUCCUUUCCUAUCCUGCCAUGGCUGAAAACUCGUUACAAAAUGCAGGCCAAUCAUUUGAUAGCCUGUGGGCAAGUCUUGAGGACCUUGUCCAUCACUACCAAAGUGACGAAGAAAGCAGUACUGGAAACUCUAGUCUCGAGUGCUCGAUUGACGACAAUCUCUCUCAGCAGCACAGUCCACUGGCCUCACCAAGUCCACCUCUCAGGCAGACUAAUCCUCAUUCUGUUCCAUCCUCUACCCACUAUCCUGGCCACUACGGAUUUCAGAUAGCGUUUUCACCGCCAAAAAAAGACACCAAAUCUACCACUUGGACAUAUUCCAGCAGUUUCAACAAGCUCUAUGUUCGCAUGGCCACUUCUUGCCCUAUCCAAUUCAAAACCGCCUCACCACCACCUUCUGGCACCCUCAUCAGAGCAACAGCCAUCUACAAGGAGCCACAGCACAUUCAACAUGUUGUCACAAGAUGUCCUAACCAUGCAAGCUGUCUGCAACACAAUGAGAGCCACCCUGCACCCAGUCAUCUCAUACGCUCUGACCAUCCUCUGGCUGCCUAUGUCGAAGACCCCUUUACCAACAGGCACAGCGUGGUCAUCCCCCAUCAAACAGCGCAGGUGGGUUCAGAAUGGACAGUUAACCUCUACCAGUUCAUGUGUCUGGGUUCCUGCGUAGGAGGUCCAAACAGACGGCCAAUGCAAAUCGUCUUCACACUGGAGUAUGAACACACAGUGCUGGGCCGAGCAGCCGUUGAUGUCAGAAUUUGUGCAUGCCCCGGUCGCGACAAAAGGGUGGAUGAAAACUCUCUGUCUUCUAAUCCUACAGUGACAAAAAGAACCCAGUGCAAACGCCCCCUAAACCAGGACACUUCUCUCAUGCACACUAAGAGAAGGAAGCAAUCCAAGCCAGACAGUGACGUCUUUACUCUCACCGUGCGUGGACAGGAAAAUUAUGAUCUUCUCUGUCGUUUGAGAGACUCUCUUGAACUGGCUGCUUUUCUUACUUUCACAGCCGACAAGUAACGGUGCAAUGGAACAUACACCCAUAGCUCUUUAAUGACUGUUUUUUGUACACAUCAAUUUAGUGCCUUCUCAAACAAUGUGCAUUUGUAAUUUACAUUUCUAGCAGAUUUGUUCACUGUUAUGUCUGCUUCAUUGAGAAUUAUACAAUUGCUAAUAAAAGCCUAUAUAUACAAUUCCAAAAAUUCUUAA